AACAAGUAUUAGCAUUGUAAGCAGCUGGGGCUCAAGACUCAAUUUAUCGAGCUCCUUCUCAUCUCUACGCGUGGAGUACCGUAGUUACCACCACCCCACCACCAACACGUCGUCCUAUCUACGCCAUCUGAAAUCAAGACCAACCAACUUCCCGCCGUUAUGUCGCUUCGAAUCCUCACCCACGCUCCGGCGCUCGGCAUCUCCCGGAUCGCCGCCACCACGACCACCCGCAAACUCACCACCGCCGCCGCCGCCCACACCCAACCAACAUCGUCGCCGGCACCGGCGCCGCCUCAGCGGCCAUUGACCGCAAAAGAAACCGCCUUCCUCGAAAAAGCCCUGCGCGUCAACCAAGCCGGCGAGCUCGGCGCCAACCUCAUCUACGCGGGGCAAUAUGCGAUAUUCAAGCGGGACGCGAAGCUCGCACCACUGAUCCGGCACAUGUGGGACCAGGAGGUUGAGCACCUAGACAAGUUCGACUCGCUGCUGGCGAAGCAUCGGGUACGGCCGACGGCGCUGCGGCCGCUGUGGAACGUGGCCGGGUACGCGCUGGGACUGGGCACGGCGCUGCUGGGGCCGAAGGCUGCGAUGGCCUGUACUGAGGCCGUCGAGACCGAGAUCGGCGGGCAUUACAAUAAUCAGCUGCGGGUCCUGCUCGAUAUGUGCAAGGACGAGCCGGAGCUCCUAAAGAACGGGGAGAUCAAGGAGCUCGUCGAUACGAUACGCAAGUUCAGGGACGAUGAGUUGGAACAUCUGGAUACGGCCGUGGAACACGAUGCGAAGGGCGCCGAGGGUUACGAAGUGCUGCAUAAUCUCAUUCGUGGAGGGUGUAAGGCAGCAAUUUAUGUCAGUGAGCGGAUAUAGUCUGUGUGGCUGGCAGCUGCAGCUUCCUGCUCGAUUUCUAGGGAUGGCGCGGGACAUAGAUUGUAUGAUAUGUACUCUAUAAACAAUAGACGACUG